AUGCAGUCUGGAGGUGGAGGAGGUGAUGUGGAGCGUGCACUAAGCAGUAUCCGGGCACGCGCCGACCAUUUGCGUCACACAAUAUCUCGUCUAGAACAUAAUUUGGCAUGGAAUCCAGCCAGUACAUGGCCCGAACUCUUGAGCCAAUAUAUGGUCAUUUCCAAGCAAUUGGAGAAUAUGAACGAGGAAAUACCUGAUCUAGUGCAGCAUUUUGCUUGUGUUCCAAGAAUGUCGACGCCGAACCCUGCAGAUAUUCCACUUUUGCUACGGACUCGAGAAGAUCCCGAGAUGGAGGAGGAAGAACGAGAGCUCAUGAUUGAUAAACCUCGAGAAAAGAACACGGAAGCAUUGCAGAAGCUGGUGGUGGCUCAUAAUGACGCUGUAGAGAGUUUGGAGGAGACGUUUAAUGACAUGUCGGACGGACUGCUUAAAGCUAUUCGAGUGAACAAGUACGUGGUCAAGUCUAAAGCACCGAGUACACAAAGCCAACAGUUUAAGUAUAUCGAGUCUGGCAUGUACGAGUAG